AUGCUCGCCCGCGGUGUGCGCCAGUAUCUCACGCGACACAACCUCCCUGGAGCAUCAAUCGCCUUUACACAAGACCAGGAGGCCGACUUCUGGGUGUGCCAAUCCCACAAUCAACCGAAUGCGCUCUCUGCCAUCUCGGUCACCGUGCGGCCAGAUCGCCGCCGACGGGGUUUGGCUGAAGCCCUGAUCCAGACAAUGAAGCAGACGGCCAUCCACCAGCAGCUUCACCUUCUUGUCGUGCCAUUACGUCCUACACGCAAAGCAGACUUUCCCAAUGUGUCGAUGGAUGAGUAUCUUGCAUGGCCCAACCCGAAGGGAUGCGGUCCGUUCGAGACUGUAACCUCCAAAAUGAAAUGA